UAGCCCAUAGGUCAUCUAUAUAUAUAGAGAGAGAUAUAACACAUAUAUUGAGUUCUUAGGCUCUCUCUCUAUCUCUGAUCCGCCGUCUGAUUCACAUUGCAGAGAAAAAUAUCAUCGAUAAUUUAGCUGUUGAGAUGGCAUCAACAGCUGCAUACUCAGGAUGGAUUAGAGGCAAAGUAAAAGCUGUUCAAUCUGGUGAUAGUUUGUUGAUUAUGGGGAGUUCUAAUAAUGCUAUCCCUCCUGAAAGGACUCUCACCUUGUCUUCCAUUAAGGCACCGAAGCUGGCACGUAGAAGUGGUGUUGAUGAGCCGUUUGCUUGGGAGAGUAGAGAGUUUUUAAGGAAAUUGUGUAUUGGGAAGGAAAUUACCUUCAAAGUGGAUUACUCUGUACCAUCCAUUGGAAGGGAUUUUGCUUCAGUUUUUAUCGGUGAUAAAAAUGUUGCUUCCGCAGUUGUUGCUGAAGGCUGGGCAUCGGUUAAGGAGCAGAGAGGUCAAACAAAAGAAGGUAGCCCUUUCUUACCAGAGCUCCAGCGCCUAGAAGAGCAGGCCAAGCAACAGGGUCUCGGUAUCUGGACUAGGGAACCGGGUGCUUCUGAUAAGUCCAUCAGGAAUCUUCCUCCAUCAUCUGUUGGUGAUUCCAGUAACUUGGAUGCUAGGGCUCUCCUAGAUUCUAACAAGGGUAAGCCCUUGGAAGCAGUUGUGGAACAAGUUCGUGAUGGAAGUACUUUGCGUGUAUAUCUUCUCCCAGAGUUUCAGUUUGUUCAAGUGUUUGUUGCUGGAAUUCAGUCACCUUCAAUGGGAAGAAGAGCUGCAGCUGAAACUGCUCCUGUGGCUGCAAUUGUAUCUGAAGAAGCAAAUGGGGAUUCUAACCAUCAGGGUCCAUUAACAUCAGCACAGAGACUUGCAGUCACGUCAGGAGGUUCCUCUACUGAAGUUGCUCCAGAUCGAUUUGCAAGGGAAGCUAAACAUUUUACAGAGCUCCGUGUUCUGAGCAGAGAUGUUCGAAUUGUUCUGGAAGGAGUUGAUAAAUUCAGCAAUUUAAUUGGUUCAGUAUAUUAUCCAGAUGGCGAAUCUGCAAAGGAUUUAGCCUUGGAGCUUGUUGAGAACGGACUGGCUAAAUAUGUUGAAUGGAGCGCAAACAUGAUGGAGGAGGAAGCUAAAAGGCGUCUAAAAUCUGCAGAGCUCCAAGCAAAGAAAACUCGUUUGAGAAUUUGGUUAGAUUAUCAACCUCCGGCUACCAAUUCAAAGGCAAUCCAUGACCUGAACUUCACUGGAAAGGUUGUUGAAAUUGUAAGUGGGGAUUGUAUCGUGGUUGUUGAUGAAUCUGCUCCAUUCGGUAGUCCAUCGGCAGAGCGUCGAGUCAAUCUUUCUAGUAUUAGAUGUCCAAAAAUAGGAAAUCCUCGGAGAGAGGAAAAACCUGCUCCUUAUGCUCGUGAAGCUAAGGAACUUCUGCGAACCCGUUUAAUUGGGCGUCAGGUCCAUGUUGCAAUGGAAUAUUCCAGAAAGAUUGGCCCAACAGAUGGUGCUCCUGCUGGCGCUGCCGAUUCAAGGGUUAUGGAUUUUGGAUCAGUUUUCUUGACAUCUCCAGUUAAGAAUGAAGGUGAAGAUUCCACUGCGACAGCUACACCCGCUGCAGGCAGCCAGCUACCAUCGGGUAUUAAUGUUGCUGAGCUAAUUGUGAGCCGUGGAUAUGGUACUGUCAUUAGGCAUAGAGAUUUUGAAGAAAGAUCAAACUACUAUGAAGCCCUUCUAGCUGCUGAAUCCCGCGCUACUUCUGGCAAAAAGGGGAUCCAUUCUUCCAAGGAUUCUCCAGCAUUGCACAUAAACGACUUGACAACGGCAUCAGCAAAGAAAACCAAAGAUCUUUUGCCCUUCCUUCAAAGGAGCAGAAGAAUGCCGGCUGUUGUGGAAUAUGUUCUUAGUGGGCAUCGUUUUAAACUUCUGAUUCCAAAAGAGACAUGCAGCAUUGCUCUUUCUCUUUCUGGUGUGAGGUGUCCUGGACGUGGUGAGCCAUUCUCUGAAGAAGCUAUCGCAUUUAUGAGGCGAAAGAUAAUGCAGAGGGAAGUGGAGAUUGAGGUGGAAACUGUUGAUAGAACUGGAACAUUCUUGGGGUCUAUGUGGGAGUCCAAGACUAACAUUGCUGUUGCACUUCUGGAAGCUGGAUUGGCUAAGCUUCAAACUAGCUUUGGACUUGAUAGGAUUUCAGAUGCUCACCUUCUGGUCCAGGCUGAACAGUCUGCUAAAAGGCAGAAAUUGAAAAUAUGGGAGAAUUACGUCGAAGGACUUGAAGUUUCCACAGAUGGAGCAGUUUCUGAUAAAAGACAGAAAGAAGAGAUGGAGAUAACUGUUGUGGAAGUCCUGGGUGGUGGAAAAUUCUAUGUCCAGAUUGCUGAAGACCAGAAAGUGGCUUCUAUUCAAAAACAGCUAGCUUCACUGACUCUUCUAGAAGCUCCAGUCAUUGGUGUCUUUAAUCCAAAGAAAGGAGACCUAGUCCUUGCCCAAUUCGCUGCAGAUAAUUCCUGGAACCGAGCUAUGGUUGUGAAUGGACCUCGUGGAGCAGUUGAGUCUACAACAGACAAAUUUGAAGUGUUCUACAUUGAUUAUGGUAAUCAGGACAUUGUUACUUACAGCCAGAUCCGACCACUUGAUCCUUCUCUAUCGUCGGCUGCUCCUCUUGCUCAGCUAUGCAGUCUUGCAUUUGUUAAAGUUCCAAGUUUAGAGGAAGACUAUGGUCAAGAAGCAGCUAUUCGGUUCAGCGAAUACACUUUAGCCAGUCCUAAAGUAUUCAAGGCUACAAUUGAGGAAAGGGAUAAUUCUGGUGGAAAAGCUAAGGGACAGGGAACUGGAAAUGUGCUCAUAGUUACUCUAACUGAGAAAGGCUCUGAUAUCAGCCUCAAUGCUUCCAUGUUGAAGGAUGGGCUAGCGAGGUUGGAGAAGAAGAGGAGAUGGGGACCUAAGGAUAGACAGACUCUUUUGGAAGAGCUGGAGAAGUUUCAGACAGAAGCCAAAACUAGAAGAUUGGGAAUGUGGGAAUAUGGUGAUAUUCAGUCUGACGAUGAGGAUUCUGGUCCUCCGGCAAGAAAGCCUGCUGCCGGAAAGCGGUGAGCGAGUGAGAAGCUCUUCUAGUGGCCGAACUCCAAUGGCUGAGGGAAGAAGAAGAUACCAUAUGAGAGACAUUGGAGCAUAGCUAGUUCUGCACUAAAUUAAGUUUUUUUUACUCAAAGCAAAAAAAGGAUUUCAAGUUUUUCAUGAGUUUGGUCUGUUGUAGUUUUUUUUAUCUUAUCUAACUUGGGAAAAGUUUUGCUUGGUUUUUUAGCUGAACAUUUAUUUUAUUUUAUUUUCAUUUGUUUUUUUUUUGUUACUUGUAUGACCCCUUAAUAAAGGCCAACUGCUAAGUUUUUACUUCUA